AAUAAUCUCCAGAGGAAGCAAAACAAAAACAGAAAAAAAAGAGCAAAACUGAAGGAAAUGCAAAAAUCAUGCCACCGGACAUCACUGGAAUAGAGAAACGGAAGUUUGGAAAUGGCGAGUUCUAUUUCAUCAGAACUACAGCAUGCAUUCAAACGACGACAGUGACAAUGACUCAUGCUUCUUGCCUUCUCCGCGGGAAUUAUCCUUCGACGUAGAAGCGUUUCGCAAGGAUAUGGUGGUGGCUCACAACCAAUAUCGUCAGCUGCAUGACAGCCCACCUCUUAGUGUUAUGCAGGAGUUGGAGGACAGCGCACAGCAUUGGGCGGAAACAAUUGCCGCCAAGGGACAUCUCGAGUACUGCGAAAGUAUCAAAAAUGUCGGGGAAAACCUGCACGAAAUUGAUCUUCGUACUUCACCCACGAGAGCAAAUGACAUCGCCCUCAACUGGUACCGCGAGAUCAAAUAUUACAGCUUUGCAGAGCCCCGAUGGAGAAGAGGAGCUUUCCAUUUCACUCAGAUGAUAUGGCGGAGCACCACUCAUAUUGGAGUGGGCUUGGCCCCAGUUCCCGGAGAGCCCCGCCUCUUUUUGGUUGUGCGGUACCAUCCAGCAGGCAAUUCCAACUAUCCUGGAGAAUUCCAGAAAAAUGUCCAUCCCAGAAUGUCACUAAAAUCCACAGAUUCAUGGUCUGUAGAUGACAGAUCAUUUGUUCGAACUUACUCGGGAAGGUUUCGCAGCAUCACGUCAGAAGAUGCUUAUAUCUAAUAACUACAAUUUUCUGUUUUAUUUUGAAAAUACAGUAUUGUGUCGUCGCUUUUUUUUUUUUUUUUUUUCAGAUUUACAAAAAUAA